GAAUGCCUCCAAGAGGCGCAAGCACACGAGUUACUGAAAAAGAAGUGUUUGAAUCUAAACUAAGAAAUUUAAAGUUAUAUAUUCUCAGCACACUAGUUACUGAAAAAGAAGUGUUUGAAUCUAAACUAAAAAAUUUAAAGUUACAUAUUCUCUAUUUGAGAGUGUUUGAUUCGGGGUCCUUUGCUCUAUGUCUUUUCUUCCUUUUAUACUCCCUGAAUGAUUUUUUCGUAAUCAACUGUUUAAAAACUGUUUGAUCGCUCUAUAACUGACCACUUUCUUUGUAGUGGCCAACUUGUUAUGGAACUGCCUUCUCUAACUACUGCCAUUACUUUUUGUCGUUCAACCAUCUUCAAUUGAAUUCCUUGAAUCGUGGAACGUGAUAGGACUAUCCAAUAAUUGCUUCUUUAACUGCACUUUUAGGUAACCAUAAAGAAUGUUUGUUAAGAUGCUGGACGACUCGAAUGUUUGGGCGAGAGCAGAGUCACAGCUCUAGGCGACUGCAUGGCAAUUCAUUCGCUCAAAUCUUGGGCGACUUGCAACCUUGGACGAUGGUGUUACCGCGUUCAUGGGCUUCCCUAUUUGGGCCUUUAUCCUGCAUUGCCUGAUUAGGUCGUUCUUUGGGUUAUUUGAUUUUGGAGAUCUUCCAAUUGGGCUUCAUUCCUUGGGCUAUUCGACUUGGACUGAACUUUUUGUGUGUCAACACUCUUUUUUGGCAUAAAUAAAUAAAUAUGCAAAACUAGGAACUUAAAUAUUUUUUUUUUUGAAAAGAAUUUAGAUGCAAUUGCUUGCAUCUCUUCAAUUGGAUCCCAGUAUUACUUUUUUGUGCCUAAGGGAGGAAGGAUUGAGGAGACUUCGAGAAAUGCUUACGAAGUUCAUUUUUUGGGAGUUGCAGUUUAUAGCAAAAAAGAACGUUGUAGAGAGCCAUGGAAGUACAGAUGGUAGUCGCCCAUUCACUCAGGCACUAACAACAAUGGGUUCACGUAACUGGCAUGACGUGAGUUGGGACUCUUCUAGGGUGGACUUGGUUAUUAUGGUUUGGUUCACAUGCAAAUCAAGCGAUGGAAUUCUCGAUGCACCUGUUGGCUACAUAUCUUGCUGUAAUAAGGCGUGCUAUGUUUUGGGGGUGAACAGUUAUUCUGGGGUGCUGCAUUUGGCAUUGCUGCUGCAUUUCAGUUCUUGUAUGUCAUAUCAGUCAUUGACAGACUUCUGUUCACCACGCUGGUGCUAGAAAAAGCAGUGAAGAUGGUAUGGGAUAUUCCUGAGAUCAUAAGAGCAGCAUGCAUAUUUAUGCUUGUCAUGCUCUUUUGAUUAACAUUAGGGUCCUUUGGGGUUGCUGGUGUUGUGGCUUCAAGUUUUGAAGAUGGUGUGCCCUGGUGGCUUCUUAUGGUAUUGUCUGUGAGUUUGUUUUGGACUGGUACAGUUCUUUGUAAUGUAGUCCUCGUAAUAGUUUCAGGAAUGGUAUUUCUAGUUAUUAUACAUGGUGAUCGAGAGCAAGAAACAUCAUCAUUAC